CCCCUCUUGUACGGCAACUUCUUCACCGACGAGGAAGACCACGACCUCAAGACGAUGAUUAGCGCCAUCAGGUACAUACAGAGACUUUCGCGAACAGAAGCUUUCGCAAAGUUUGGAGCGACUCAAUACGAAACACCGAUACCUGGAUGCGAAAACUUCAUCUUCGACAGCGACCCCUACUGGGCGUGCGCUCUGCGCAGUCUCACCGUCACCUUGCACCACCAGAUUUCGACGUGCCGAAUGGGCGCCGAAACGGACGCCGCGGCGGUGGUCGACGCCCGUCUGAGGGUGCGCGGCGUCCGCGGUCUGAGGGUGGCUGACAGCAGCGUCAUUCCCGUCACGUUGUCAGCGCACACGAACGCGCCCGCCAUGAUGAUCGGCGAGAAGAUGGCCGACAUCCUGAAGGAGGAUUGGCAACAGUGACAGCCUCGAAUUAGAGCCAAACUUACUCUAAAUCCCCCAAAACUUCCGCGAACUUCCUCAAACUUCAUAAUACUUCCUCAAACUUCCUCGAACUCCCUAACACAUCCUCAAACUUCCUCAAACUCCAUCAAACUUCCCUAACUUUCCAAACUUCCUCAAACAUUCUCAAACUUUUUUGAUUUUCUCAAAUCUUCUCGAUCCUACUCGGAUUUCUUCAAACUUCCUCGAAAUUCCUCGAAGUUCCUCGAAAUUCCUCGAAAUCUCUUGAACUCCCUUGAAUUUCCUCAAAUUUCCUUGUAUUAUCUCAAACUUUCUCAAAUUUCCUCAAACUUAUCGAACUCUCCAGAACUUAUUCAGUUAUUCCUCGAACUUCCC